CAUAGUAGUUUGUAUGCGGAUUGGGAAAGCUCCACGGGAGCUCCGCAUGACAUUAGGGAUUCCUCGAGGACCUUCCUUCUUUUCACUUCAUCGCCUCUCUUUCGGUCUUCGUUCCCGUUCUUCCCAAUCGGCCUUGCGUAGUUGAGAUCAUCCGCGGAGAUCUCGUUCAGGUAACUGGCUCCCUUCCUUCUCCUCUUUCGUUAUUUUGUCCCUCUGAUCAAUUCAUUUUCGAUUGAGUUUGCCUCUGCGUUUGAAUUGGAAAGAUAGAUGCUUCCGACGCAGGUACUGAGGAACUUUUUAAGAGAAAGAAGCAAGCAAAUCCAUUCGUCCCUAUCAGUUAGUAGAAAUAGAAGUGUGAAUACCAUUGAAGUAGAACAAGGGUCAAGGGAAAGAUACAAAGAUGCGGAGCUCGCUCUUCAGAUUAGCUCGCCACUUGAAGUUUCCCACUUCGUCAAUGAUUGGCUCUCCACUCCACCGUCCCCUUCUAUCUUCCCUCCUUGAGCAUCCAAUUCAAGAGUCAUUUCCUGGUGAUCACCUCCAAUGGAGGUCAGUUGGGAGCCGUAGGGGCUCCCAAUUUGCUACUGGUUUCAACCCCCUCGAGUCAAAGCAGCUUGGGUCCAUCAUCGAUCUGGAGAGGGCCAAGAAUUGCUCACCUGAGGAGCUCGUCUCAGUCUGGGACGAUUAUCAUCUUGGAAGAGGUCAUAUUGGUGCAUCCAUGAAAGCAAAGUUGUACCAUCUAUUGAAUCAGCGAUCUCUUACCUGCCGGCAUUUUGUCAUUCCUUUGUGGAAGGGGAGUGGUUACACCAAUAUGUUUCUCCAAGUGCAGAUGCCACACAUGAUAUUCACUGGCCUUGAGGAUUACAAGGCAAGAGGAACUCAAGCAAGCCCCUAUUUUGCUGUUACUUACUACACUGAAUUUGCAGAAAGCAAAGACAUCGUGCUGAUUCGCGGUGACGUCGUCUUCACCAGCAAGCUUAGUGAUUCAGAAGCAAAAUGGCUUCUGGAUACUGCUCACGCAUUCUAUCUGAAUGAUGAUAAAUACAAACUUGUGGAGCGCUUCAACAAAGAGACUCAUGAAUUUGAGUUCAAGGAUGUCCUCCGAGCUCUAGAAAUGCCCACACUUUGAUUGACACUGGCACAAGUUGGUUCCAGGAUAUCCUUUCAGCUCUAGGAAUGCCAAAACUUUGAUUGACACUGGCACAAGUUUGUUCCAGGAUAUUUUUUGAGCUCUAGGAAUGCUUCGACAAAGAGAAAUUCCAAGAUUAAUUCAUGUUAAUUUAUUUAUAUAUUUGAAUUAUGUUAUAUCAUUUUUGGAUUUUAUGUUUAACUGUUAAAUGGAGUUUAGGUCAGGCUGGCCUGGUUGAGUCAUGUUAUUGGAUAAGAUAAUAUUGUUAGCUGUGGACUAUUGACUGUGGUAUGUGUUUAGUGCAAGUUAAUUUGAUCCAUGGCUUUCUUACCAUAUAAUAAAAGGAGACAAUUGCAUGUAUUAAAGAAUACAAA